CAUCUACUGCUUUGACUUCGACGCCGUCUCCUUCCCCUCCUGUUUCGACGUCGACGGCGUCCCCUUCCCAUUAUCCUAUUUUUGCAAGGGCUCCCGCAUCUCCUGCUCCUUCUGCGUCGCCGCCUCCUUCAUGUUCCACUUGCAGAGCGCCGUCUCCUUUCCCUCCUGCUUCGCCGUCUCCUUCCCCUUAACCUCUUUUUGCAAGGGCUUCCCCACCUCCUGCUUCUGACUUCGACGCCGCCUCCUUCUGCACAGCCGUGGAGCACGACCGCCUUCUCCAUGUUCCGCUUGCCUAGAUCCAUCUCCUUCUUCUACUUCGACGCCGCCUCCUUCUGCGCCACCGUGGAGACGGCCGCCUCCGCCAUGUUCCACUCGCCCAGAUCCACAAUUCGAGAGGUGGUGUGACGGGGAGAUGGUUGAGAGCAGUUCAGCGGUUUAGGGCCUGUUUGGAUAUGGGAUCUGUCAUCUGUGCUGCUAUUUCCAAGGACUACAUGUUGGAUUCGGCCCGGCACCGACUAGGAAAGCCCGACUCCGAGUCCACAUCUCGUUCGGUCGUGUUCCGAUUCUCAAUCCACUCUACAAAACUGUUGGAUGCCGCACAGCCGUGCGUCCCUCGUGUCGUCGCCUCCUGCAACUUCCAGGCAUGGCAACCGGCGUUCCGCCGGAACCCGAGCCCCAGGCACCGGCGAUCUCUCACCACAUUGGUACAAUCCUCGAUUAUCUCCAAAACUAUAGGAUUGUCCUUGUCUCCGCGGCGCCAGGCUCCGGCAAGUCCACGGUGCUCCCCCGAUACCUCGCCAACUAUGGCUUCGGCCCGGUCAUCUGCGCGCAGCCUCGGCUCCUCGCGGUGACCGUGGCCUCGUCGAAACCCGGCCAGGAGCGGGAUUCCGACGACGUCUGGUUCACGACCACCCGGGUGCUCAUCGACAUGUUGUGCUGCAACGACGGGAGGCCGGCCUUCGCCGCGGCGUUCCGCACGGUCGUCGUCGACGAGGCACACGACCGCACGCUCUGCACCGACCUCCUCCUCGGGGUAGUCAAGGCCGCCGUGGCCACGGAGGAAACGGGUCACCUCAACGUGGUCGUCUGCACCGCCGGCGGACCGGAAGACAGCUCGCUCAGCGACUUCUUCUUCGGCGCGCCGAUCGUCGCGUUCCAGCGCGCGCUGCACCCCGUCGCGGUGCACUACUCGCGGGGGCCCAUGCUCGACAUGGUGAGCGCGGUGGUCGACGAGGUGACGGACAUCCACAGGUCGAAGCCGCCCGGCGACGUGCUGGUGUUCUUGCCGGAUAUCAUCCGCAUCCAGGAGGCCUACGAGAAGCUUGCGCAGCUCGACCUGCCAGGGCUGGUCCUUCGCUUCGUCCACGACAACCUCCCGGAAGAGUUCAUGGACUACGCACUGGACCCUGCGCCAGGUGGAUCGAGGAGAGUCGUGCUGGCGACGGACGUGGCCGAGACGGCUGUUCUGGUCCCCGGGAUCACGUACGUCGUCGACACCGGCGUGCUGUCAGAGGACCCGCUUGCGAUGGUCUCCAAGGAGGCGGCGAUCAGGCGGGCAGCGGUGGCCGGCGCCGCCUCUGCGGGGCACUGCCACCGGCUCUACAUGGAGGGCGAGUACGCUGGAUUCCAAGAGCACACAGUUCCGCACGUCAAGCGAGAUGGCGGCGCGCUCAACAAGCUCGCGCUGAUGCUCAAGAGACACGCUGCUGAUGGCAUGCCGGGCUUCGAGCUUCUUGACCCGCCAGUGGCGCCAUCACUGGAGAAUGUUGUUGCUGAGCUGGUCACCAGCGGCUACUUGGAUAAGCAUGGCAAAUUGACAGAGGAAGGGAAACGCGAAGCAUACGAUGAAGACUAA